UAAUCACGCAGCCGGCAUUAAAGCCCCACACGUCCUUCUCCGCAUGUACACUCGUUAAGGCGGCUACAAUCACUCGCGCAGUAAAACAACACGAAUUCCCUGAUAUGAUAAAGCUCCAAUUGCCUCCAUCCCUCUUUCGCGGAAGACGACCCAAAUGGUUUUUCUUCAUUCUGGUGAACUAAUAUCAAGUUGGAGAAGGUUUCAUUUGAUCCAAGUGACAAGGUUUAUUUGCUGUACCAUGACGCAUUUGGUUGCAUUUUGAUGCUUGUUAUAUAGGCGGUUGGAAUGCAGAUAUCCAUCGAUUGAGCUAUUAGCCUGACAGUCUGCUUUCUGGAGCUCCGAUGGCGAAUAAUUUUAAGGGAUUCGAGGCCAUUUUUGGGGAAUGUGAACCCGAGUGGUCGAGUGCAAGCUCUAUUCCUUUGCGGGAGUACGUUUUUCACGUUCGUGCUUUAGACCAAUCAAGAUUAUGCGUACAGGUCACAGAUUUUCAUUCCAACACAUUCCAAGCCAUCCGUACUGUUCAACAUCUUGAAGACUUGAAAGAUGAUGUUGGAGUUGGUGGUUCAUGGCUUGACUUUCUAAAUUAUCUUGUGAGUUCUAUAUCAUCGAGUAAUGUUAAGCUUAUGCUGGAAGGACCUGCAAAGUCGGAUGGUGCCAGAUUUGCAAAGCUAACAGCUCAGGUGUCUAAAGGAAUGCCUCGCAUUUCUAUACCUCUUGAGAGAGUUCCAGAGUCCAGUGCAAAGGAUGCUAUUGCGUUUAUCGCAAUUGAACUGUACAGGAGCUACAAGAAGAAAUGCAAAGAUGUUGCUAGAGCAGAGCAGAGACAAACAGUUCAAUUGACAACUAUGCUUUCAGCUGAAAAGGGUAAAAAUGAGGCUUUGAAAGAUCAACUUGCUUGCUCCAAUCAAAGAAAAGCUCGCAAAUUGACGGCAUCAGAUUCCAAGUCUUCUGAUUCUGUUUCUCUCAGUAGCUUGGAAACCUCUGUAGAUAAUCAAGUUGACAACCAGAAGGCACCUUCCCAGUCCACAAGUGGGAAACACAAAGCAUUUCCAACUGUACACCGAACUAACAAGUCAAGAGGUGCUAUCUUAUCUGACGUGGGUGGAGAUGCUGACAACUGAUUUGCCGAAGGCUUGACAGGGUGUUGACAAGGUGGGCUACAUUUUUUUUGGAAUAAUGGGAUGACUGACUUUUAAUGACAGAUUGGUUCCACUUUCUUUGUUUCAAAGAUGUGCAUACGUACUGCGGAGCCUGUACAAAUCAAACCUGCACAGAUAAUCCUCAUGUUUUAAGGAUCUGCUAACAAACUUCUGAUGAUUCAUCUUCUUAACAUCUGUUUAAGUUGGACGCUUUAACCAUUCACCAGUGACAUUCGGAGAAGAUAGCUAGACUCUUGAUGAUGAUCUGCUUUCUCCCAAAACGGGAUCAGAAUCAGUAUUUUUUCCUGUAGAUAGUGGUUAGAAUCAGACUUGUCAAAAACUAUGGCUCCGUGCGCUGCAUGGAAAGGGGGUUGAACUGUUAAAGGUUAAUGGAAUUCUGGAUCUCCCAUUUCCAUCCAUGGUUCCUAAUCAUCUUCUCCAUAUGUAUUGCCUGCUCUCCUUUGAACAUUGUCAACUAACAAUUUUCCCUGAUAAGGGAAGUGCCAGCUGCAAUCUAUGUGUUGAUUCAUAUUUA